ACCAGACCACCUUUCUCUAUAACUUCUGCUGGCUGAGAGCUGCAUUGGAAGGAUCCUGGGAGACCCUCAAGCUACGCAAUGGAGCCAGUUUCCUUGGAGGAUGUUGCUGUGACAUUCACCUUGGAGGAGUGGGCAUUAUUAAAUUCAUCCCAAAAGAAGCUGUACAGAGAUGUGAUGUGGGAAACAUUUAUGAAUCUGACUGAUAUAGGAAGGACCUGGGACAACCAGCAAGCUGAAGAGUAUAAAACUUGCUUGAGAAAUCUAAGCCUAGAUGCCUACCAUGGAAUGCAUGGAAACAGAGCAUGUGGGGUAAAUUCAACAUUGCGGUGCCUUCUUAUAAUCCCAGCACUAUGUAAUGAAGAGGUGGCAAAAUGGUAUCAAUAUAAAUCUUGGAAUCAAUAUGGAAAUGUUUUCCUUUGGACUCCAGAUGCUAAUCUGGACAUUCAACAAACUUGUUUAAAACCGGCUGAAAACCUUACUUGUAGAAGACAGCUGAUUGGACAUUUAUCACAAAAUGUGCCCAUUUUACCUCAUGUUGGCCUGAAGCCAGAUGAGUAUUUGGGAUUGGAGGAUAAGCUGAGUAAAUUCAAUGAACAUGGAGAAAGCUGCAAUGAUUUUCAGUUAUUUCUGAAACAUUCAGUGACAAAGACUGUAGAGAAACUUGACCAAUAUGAGCAGUGUGGGAAAACGUACUCUGAAUGUGGUGAAAGAACUCACCCUGAAGAAAAUACUCCUGUAUGUAAGAAUAGUGUGAAAUUAUCCAUGGCUCCCAGUGGUGUACAAAUCCAUGAAAGUAUAUACACUGGUAAGAAAUCAUAUGUAUGCAAGAAAUGUGGAAAAUCUUUCAAAACUCAAAGAUGUUGCAAAAUUCAUGAAAGAUUUCACAUGGAAGAGAAACCCUAUGUAUGUAAGCAGUGUGGGAAAGUAUUUAGCUCGCACAGUAAUUGUCAAAGACAUAAAAGAAUUCAUACUGGGGAGAAACAAUAUGUAUGUAAGCACUGUGGAAAAGGAUUUACUACAAAGUAUUAUUAUAAAAUACACGAAAAGAUUCACACAGGAGAAAAACCUUAUGUCUGCAAGCAAUGUGGAAAAGCAUUCACUAUGCGGAUUACCUGUAAAAUACAUGAAAGGAUUCACAUUGGAGAAAAACCCUAUGCAUGUAAGCAAUGUGGGAAAGCAUUCAGCACACAGACUCACUGUAAAAUACAUGAAAGAAUUCACACUGGGGAGAAACCCUAUGUAUGUAAGCAGUGUGGAAAAGCAUUCCGCGUACAUAUUACCUGUCAACGCCAUGAAAAAAUUCACACUGGGGAGAAAUCUUAUGUAUGUAAAGAGUGUGGGAAAGCAUUCAGUAGACAUAGUCACUGCCAAAGACAUGAAAGAACUCACAGUGGGGAGAAACCUUAUGUAUGUAAACAAUGUGGGAAAGCAUUCACUACACAACGUAUUUGUCAAAUACAUGAAAGAUCUCAUACUGGAGAGAAACCUUUUAUGUGCAAGGAAUGUGGAAAAGCAUUCACUACAAAGAGUUCUUAUAAAAUACAUGAAAAAAGUCACACAGGGGAGAAACCUUAUGUGUGCAAGCAGUGUGGAAAAGCAUUUACUACAAAGAGUUCUUAUAACAUGCAUGGAAAAAUUCAUAUAGGAGAUAAACCUUAUGUUUGCAAGCAAUGUGGGAAGGCAUUCCCUACACCCAGGGAUUGUCAUAGACAUGAAAGAAUUCAUAGUGGCGAGAAACCUUAUAUGUGUAUGCAAUGUGGAAAACAAUUCACUACAAACCAAUAUUGUCAGAGACAUGAAAGAACUCACACUGGGGAGAAGCCUUAUGUGUGCAAGGUAUGUGGAAAAGCAUUCACUACACACCAUUAUUGUCAAAUACAUGAAAGAACUCACACCGGGGAGAAGCCUUAUGUGUGCAAGGAAUGUGGAAAAGCAUUCAGUACACAUCAGUAUUGUCAAAUACAUCAAAGAACUCACACUAGGGAGAAACCUUAUGUAUGCAAAGAAUGUGGAAAGGCCUUCACUAGAAAGAGUUCUUAUAAUAUACAUGAAAAAAUCCACACUGGGGAGAGACCCUAUGCCUGCAAGCAAUGUGGGAAGGCGUUCACUACACAUGAAUAUUGUCAAAGACAUGAAAGAACUCACAGUGCAGAGAAACCUCAUGUGUGCAAAGUAUGUGGAAAAGCAUUUAUUACAAAGAGUUCAUGUAAUAUACAUGAAAGAACUCAUACAGGGGAGAAACCUUAUGUGUGCAAGGAGUGUGGGAAGGCAUUCACUACACACCAAUCCUGUCAAAUGCAUGAAAGACUGCACUCUGGGGAGAAGCCUUAUGUGUGCAAGGAAUGUGGAAAAGCAUUCACUAGAAGGAGUUAUUACAAUAUCCAUGGAAAAAGACAUACAGGGGAGAAACCUUUUGUAUGCAAGCAAUGUGGGAAGGCUUUUAUUACACAUGAAUAUUGUCAGAGACAUGAAAAAGCUCAUACUGGGGAGAAACCUUAUGUGUGCAAGGAAUGUGGAAAAGCAUUCAUUUCAAAGAGUUCUUAUAAAAUUCAUGAAAGAACUCACACAGGGGAGAAACCUUUUGUGUGUAGGCAAUGUGGAAAAGCAUUUUCAACAAAGAGUUACUAUAACAUACAUGGAAAAAUUCACACUGGAGACAAACCUUUUAUGUGCAAAGAAUGUGGAAAAUCAUUUAUUACAAAGAGUUCUUAUAGCAUACAUGAAAAAUGUCACAUGGGAGUAACCUUAUGUGUGCAAGUAGUGUGGAAAGGCAUUCACCACACACCAGUUUUGUCAAAGACGUGAAAGAACUCACAUAGGUGAGAAGCCCUAUGUAUGUGAGCCAUGUG